AUGUUCUUCGACUUUCGCAUUCCUGAAUCUAGGCCUGAUCCUGAAGCCCAGCUUUCCCAAUGGCCUCCUCUUCACGUUCACAAGCGUCAAUGCAACUGUCAGAUAGACAAGAAGAAGAAACGCAGACGCAGGUCGUGCUGCUUAAUUCUUCUCAUCAUCAUACUCUUGUUUUUGAUCGGAGAUACCAUCUUCCUCAACAUACGCGUCCUUAAUAUGACCAUGACCAUCAACAACUCCCCAUUAAUGACAAAUACCACAACUCCCAACUUUCUCUCCGCCAAUGCCCAACAGUGCUUGUCCCAGUACACCCUAGACGCACCUUCCAGCCCAUCAUCCUACCCAUGCUCCACUUGCUUGUCCACCCUCCAGACGGUCCCAUCCACCUAUCUAUCUUCAAAUACCCAGAACGCACAGCAGAUCCUCAACGCUAUCCAGUUCUGUGGUCUGCGCGGCAUAUUCGACACCGCCAACUCCCAAGGUCAAGCAUCACUCGGAAAUGGUAGUUGGGUCAACAACGUCAAAUUCUGUGCUUGGAACGGUGUCACUUGCGAUAGCUCUGGUAGAGUUUCAAAUCUCCAGUUGACGUUCCCUGGAGUACCAGCAACUUUACCCAACGAACUUGGAGCACUCACCGGACUCCAGACGUUGCAAGUCAUCGGAGGUAACAGCAUACCAGCUGGAUCGCUGCCUUCCUCCUUCACCAACCUCACCUCCCUCUCCAACCUCCAUAUCGAGGCAACAGCCAUCACAGCACUCCCAGACAACUUAUUCUCCUCCCUCAAAGCUGUAACCACCUUCACCCUCGUUCGCAACCCCAUGAUGGGCACCUCUCUCCCAUCCACCUUGACGAAACUCCCACUACAGAAUCUCGUCGUCAACUCCCAGAACAUCACCAACCCCCUCUCAUCACUCUCUUCCAGCUCAACACUCCAAGCGUCUCUCCAACUCCUCGAUUUAUCAAGCACCUCCCUCACCGGCAUCAUCCCAAACACCAUCUCAUCUUUCUCAGCACUCACUCAACUCCUGCUCUCCAAUAACAACCUCCAACCGCCCCUCCCAAACACUUUCCCACCCUCGCUACAGAUCCUCUCCCUCCAGAACAAUACCGCGCUCACUGGGACCGUCCCUAGCUCGCUCUGCUCCAGUACGCAGCUCAAGAACUGCUCGUUGCAGAACACGGGACUGAACGCGACUGGUGGAUGUGGAUCUUGUCAGUUCUUGUGA